GCAGAUGCUGUGACCGGGAUUUGCGGAACGUACCGUGCAGCAAGGUAGUCGAGCCCCUCCACUACCUCAAGGUAUUGGAUCUCAGCAUCAUCAAUCAUCGUUCAGCCAAUAUAUCAUGGAUCAAAUACCUCUCAACUCCGAAGCUUCUCAGGGCGAUACCCACAAGCAAACGACGUCGACGCUUCCGCCAGAUGUUGUUCAAUGCCUCGACAAUGCUCGAUUUGUAGACCUUCCCCGCACCACCAACAAUCCCAUCACAGAUCGAAGGCUGAUAGUCAAUAUAGCUUCACUUGGCAACAUGCACAGAUAACGUACCGCACGUCUCUCUAAUGAACUAUACAUAUCUUCCCUCGUCACCUUACUCUAACUACCCCGUCAUCAUCAUGACUACGAACCCGGCAUCACGGAAGACCACCAACUUGGUCGCCAACCCCAAUGUAUCCCUUCUUGUCCACGAUUGGGUCUCCCAUCGACCACCUACUCACGGCCGCCGACCGUCUGGUGGCUCUCCUGGCCCAGAGCACCGAUCGAGUCUCGCCUCACUCCUCUUGAACCUCAACACCUCAGCACUCUCUAGCAUCAGUGCAACCAUAGGAGGUGCCGCUCGUCUAGUGCCUAGCGGAACAGAGGAGGAAAAAUACUACCGCGAGCAGCAUCUGGAGAACAAUACUUUCGAUGAGUCCGCAGCCCAGCCUUUCCAGCGGGACAAUGGACCUGUCGAGGAUGGAGGCCGCAACUGCUUUGUAGCCGGUGAGGAAGUAAGAGUUGUUUCGGUCGAUAUCAAGGACGUACGCAUCAGCGAUUGGAAGGGCACUGUAAGAGACUGGGCGAUCGUGCCAGAAGGUAACCUGGUCAACGGAACCCAGCAAGAAUGAUCAUAUUGCAGCCUCCACAUCCUUGGCUAGAGCCUCAUUAGUGUACUUUAGCAAUCGGUUUUCAAGAUGCAGUACAAGGUGCAUUGCUGGUUUAAACAAUCCAAUGUGAGAAUAUUGUAUAUUUCGAUCAUUCGCAAGACACAGGCAUUCCAGACAGAGUACUAUGUAGAUCAACUCCUCAAAACCAGUGCCUUUUUUACACAACGAAGCAAAAGCAGGCAAAAAACGCUCGGAUCCAUAUCGCUCUUCCACCAGGUCAAGCUUUGUGAACCCUCGGAUUGCCGCAAGGCCACGCCAGUAUAAAUUUUCCCAAUUCCCAAUCAAUUCCAGCUACCCAACGCCGUUGCAGACAAACAACUGUAAAGACAGACCAAACAAACUCAACAAAUAGCAUUUGACGCAUGAAAGACAUGAUCAUUUCACUUCUCUGUCUAGUGUAUUUAGACAGGCGCAUCAUCGAGCCCACUCAACAACCUCGAGGGCCAUCAUUACCAAAAUAAGAGUAGAGGGAAGGAUCCUGCAUAUGUUAGCGCAAUUCGGG